CUCGGCGCAGUCACAUCGCGUCCAUCACCGUCCCAUGCCACACCACAUUGCACUGCACCACACCACACCCCGAUCCCCACAACCUAUUGUAUCACCACACUCGCACACUCUCGUCUCCCACAAGACCACGCACGCGAACCGCCUCUGAGACCCACGCGCCCAUGCUGCAAUCCACCCGCGCCUGGCUGCGGCGCAACCGCACGCCGCUCGCCCUCGGCGCCGGGCUCCUCAGCACUGCCUACCUCACCGGCACCUACGCGCUCAGCAAGUUCCACGAUGCGCGUGCCGCGGCGGGCGAGGCGCGCGUCGCCAAGGAAAAUUUGCGGCGGCGCUUUGAGCAGAACCAGGAGGAUUGCGCGUUCACUGUGCUGGCCAUCCUACCGACAGCAACAGAAGGGAUUGUGGAGGCGCUCCCUGUGGAGCGGGUGGUAGGGGAGCUGCAGGGGCUGAGGGCGAGGAGGCUUGGGAGAAGUGCAGCGAAUAGCGAGGGAGCGAGCGAGGCAAUGAGUGUGGGGGGCACAGAGACGGAGGAUGGGAGCGCGAGUGUGGCGGCUGAUGGCGAGGGCUAUGUGCAUGCGAGUAGGGUGGGGCUGGAGAGCGAGACAGGCGAGACAGGCGGGCAGGAGGCCGGCCGCGCGAGCAAGAAGAGCAAGGCGCAGCUGUGGGACGAGAUGAAGAUAAGCUCCAUCACCCGCGCCUUCACGCUGCUGUACACCAUCGCCCUCCUCACGCUGCUGACGCGCAUCCAACUUAACCUGCUCGGCCGCCGCAACUACCUUGCCUCAGUCGUAUCGCUUGCGGCGCCGCCCGCCGAAUCAUCCUCACGCAUCACCCUCGAGAACAACGACGACGACAACGAAGACUUUGACCACGCCUACGGCAACGACUUCGAGACAAACAGGCGCUACCUCAGUCUGAGCUGGUGGCUGUUGCACCGCGGCUGCCUCGAGCUGCUGGAGACAGUGCGCACCGCCGUAACAGACGUGUUUGCGCACCUCAAUCCCCGCGACGAAAUCUCGCUCGAGACCCUCUCAGAACUCACCCUUGAAGUGCGCCGGCGCAUCGAAGGCGCCACAGAGGAAGACCGCCGCACCCGCAAAUGGCUACCCUAUCUCCUCCCUCCACCCGAGCAGGAAUCCUUUGUCCUCGCCGCCUCCGGCAUGCCCCCGUCCCCCACAACACCCGCCUCAACCUCCCUCCGCCGCCUGAUCGAUGAAACAAGCGACCUGGCCGACUCUCCCGCCUUCACACGCGUUCUGACACGCCUCCUCGACAGCGCCUUCUCCCACCUCAUCGACACCAAGAUCAGCGCCGGCGCGUACAAGAUCCCGCCUGUCAGCGGGGACACGGGCCGCGUCGUGGAGAUUGUGGGCGGCGGCGAUGGGGUCAUGGCGAAGGUGGCGAGUAGUCUGGCCGUGUUCUGCAGGCAGGCGCAUGCGAUUGGCGCGGGCGUGGGCAAUGAGUAUCUGGAGAAGAUGGAGCAGGUGGGCGAGUUGGAGGCGUUUGCGGCAGUGGUGUAUAGUAGUAAUUUUGAGUUUGAGAGUGCGGCGGGGGCAGACGCGGUGAGUGGGAAGGAAGGGGAGGAGGGGGGGUUUGAGAGCGCGUGGGAUAAGGCGGUUGCGCAGUAGCCGGGAUGAUCUAGAAGGAGGUUGGAGGAUCUGGAUGAGGGAUGAUACCCGAUGAACUACACGUCACGCGCUCGCGAGUCUUGUUCCAAAGUUCUAGUGAGCUACAUAUGCGCCGUCUAGUUCAGU